UCAGAUUUAUUGUAUAAAAAUAAUUUAAGAAUUUAAAUACUGCAUAACCUGAUCCCUUUCAGAGGCAACUCACCACGAUAUUUUCUUUCAAUAUUUUCUAGUUUUUUUAGCGUUUACGCGAAACAGACAACAACAACGAUGCCAAGAGGUGGUGGAAGAGGUCCCAAGAAGAACUAUAAAGGACGUAGUCGUCACUUCACUGAUGAAGAAACCCUGAAGCAGGAUCGACAGAAGGAGGAGAGAGAAAGACAAUGGCGGAAACAAAAAGGAGAGGAUGAUGAUGAUGUGGUGGGGGAGGAGGCUGAAGGAGCAGAAGGAGCAAAGGGCGGGGAUGCCAAGGAGGGCGGAUCAGGUUCAGAAUCCGAGAGCAGCUCAGACUCGGAUGAUGAAGAGGUUGGACACAAAGGUGUUUCUCAUUUGAUAGAAAUAGAAAAUCCAAACAGGGCUUUAAAGAAAAAUAAAAAAGUGGAUGAUUUAGAUGCGGUUACAUCAGGCCCCCAGCUGAGUCGCAAGGAAAGGGAAGAGGUGGAGAAGCAGCAGGCCAAGGAACGUUAUGCCAAGAUGCACCAGGAGGGCAAGACAGACGAGGCCCGGGCUGAUCUUGCCCGCCUCGCCCUCAUACGCAAACAACGCGAGGACGCUGCCAAGAAACGAGAGGAGGAGAGAUUGGCUGCAGCAAAGAAGUCCUGAUACCUGCCCCUGCGUGCGUGUUCAUGUGACGACACAAUAUACUCUUACCUCCCUUCUAUUGGUGUCGUGAAUUCAAACAUUCAUUGGUGGUAUUUCUGUAAUACAAGUGCUUCAAUUCAUUUUCUUUACUGACAAUAGGAUGCAGAACAGCAGAAAAUAAUGAUGUAUUCUUAUCUGAAAGUAGUUGUAUGUUAAGUCAAGGUCAUCCAAGUCUUAACAUGUAUGUUGUCUAUUAAUUAUUAUUUGGAUGAAAAAAGGAAUUUUUAUUUAUGGUUAAGGAUUAGUCUUCAUAUACAUCAAAGGGAAGGGUGUGUUUGCCAUUGUGUACAUGGCAUAAUAUUUAUGUUAUAUUAGUAUGAAUUAUAUCUGUGCAAUUGAUCAUCUAAGUGCUCGAAAAUAUCAUCUAGUAAAAGACAACCAGAAAAUGUCUUGCAAUGUAUUUAUUUUUAGAAGCUUCAAUACAAAAAGAGUCUACCUAUUAUCAUUUAUGGUAUCUGAAUCGUUUCUUUGAAUUGAUUUCCAUUACAAUAAUAAAUUUGUUUGAUUUACUAUUAGUUAUUUUGGUAUCAAACUUAAUGAAUGCUUGCUAUCAUUGUUUGGAUCUAUAGCUUGUAUAAUUUUGAAUUAAAAGUUUUAUAUGCUA